GCAGCCAGCCUAGGAGCCAUUAUGCCUUGGCCCUUUUCAGAAUCCAUCAAGAAAAGGGCCUGCAGAUACCUGCUGCAGAGGUACCUUGGCCAUUUCCUGCAGGAGAAACUGAGCUUAGAACAGCUUAGCCUGGAUCUCUACCAAGGGACUGGAUCCCUCUGGCAGGUCCCCUUGGACAAAUGGAGUCUCAAUGAAAUUUUGGAGUCUGCAGAUGCACCUCUAGAAGUGACAGAAGGAUUUAUUCAGUCAAUUUCUCUCUGUGUUCCUUGGGGCUCAUUGUUACAAGAUAAUUGUGCACUGGAAGUGAAAGGAUUAGAACUAGUGUUCAGGCCUAGACCUCGACUAGCAACUGGUUCUGAGCCUAUGUAUUGGUCAAGCUUUAUGACCAGCAGCAUGCAACUUGCCAAAGAAUGCCUUAGUCAUAGAUUAACAGAUGAUCAAGGGGAUGGAUCACAGCCUUUUGAAGGACUUGAAAAAUUUGCUGAAACUAUAGAAACAGUUCUACGAAGAGUGAAAGUUACUUUCCUGGAUACAGUUUUGAGAAUUGAACAUAUACCAGAAAAUUCAAAAACUGGGACUGCACUUGAAAUUCGAAUAGAAAGAACUAUGUAUUGUGAUGAAACUGCUGAUGAAUGCUCUGGAAUCAAUGUACAUCAGCCUACAGCUUUUGCUCACAAGCUGCUUCAGCUUUCUGGAGUCUCUGUCUUUUGGGAUGAGUUUUCUGCAUCAGCAAAAUCUUCUCCAGGGUCUUCAAGUGCACCAGUGGAAACUGAACCAAAACUUUCACCUAGUUGGAAUCCGAAAAUUGUUUAUGAGCCACACCCACAGCUCACUAGAAAUUUCCCAGAGGUAGCACCCACUGCUCCUGUUCAGAUUGGAAAGAUGAUUGGUAGAAUGGAGCUGAGCCUUACCUUAAAACAAAAUGAAGUACUUCCUGGAGCUAAGUUGGAUGUUGAUGGACAUGUAGACUCAAUACACCUGUUUCUUUCACCAAGGCAAGUUCAUCUGAUUUUGGACCUGUUGGCUGCUAUAGCUGGACCAGAGAAUUCUGGUAAAAUAGUGCUACCUACUAAAGAUAGAAAAAAUCGUCCAAUACAGCAGGAAGAUGAGUAUCGGAUUCAAUUAGAAUUGAAUCGGUGUUUACGAAGAGAUUCUCUCUCAGUGGGUGCAUCAUCUGAGCAGAGUUUUUAUGAAACAGAGUCAGCUAGAACACCUUCUAGCCGAGAAGAAGUUUUCUUCUCCAUGGCUGAUAUGGAUAUGUCUCAUAGUCUCUCAUCUCUUCCUCCUCUUGGAGAUCCCCCAAAUAUGGAUCUUGAUCUCUCCUUAACUAGUACAUUCACAAAUACUCCAGCAGGAUCUCCAUUGAGUGCCACUGUGCUUCAGCCAACUUGGGGUGACUUUCUUGACCAGCAUAAAGAGGAACAAUCAAUCAAAGGAUCUCCAUUUUCGCCCAACUUAAUUCACCAUUCAUCUUUACAAAGGACUUCUCUUCCUUCCAGAUCUGUUUCACUGGAUGAGUCCAGGCCUGAACUUAUUUUUAGAUUAGCUGUGGGAACUUUUUCAGCCUCUGUACUUCACAUCGAUCCUUUAUCACCACCUGAAACUUCUCUGAAUCUUAAUCCAUUGACUACAAUGGCAUUAUAUUUCUUUACUUGCAUAGAAAAGAUUGAUCCAGUAAGAUUUUUGGCACAUGACUUUGAAUCCUUCAGAGAAGUCUUUGCAGAGGCUUGUUCCCAUGACCACCUUAGAUUUAUUGGUACUGGCAUCAAAGUAUCCUAUGAACAAAGGCAAAGAUCAGCUUCUCAAUAUUUUAGUACUGAUAUAUUGGUUGGACAAAUGGAACUUUUGGAGUGCCUUUUUCCCACUGAUUCUCAUACUGUUUCUACACACUAUACGGAGCUUUUGAGGUUCCAUUCUAAAAAAGGAAGUGAUUUACAUCCCCAGACUUGUCUUCAGCUUCAUUAUAAACAUUCAGAUAAUAGAGGACCCCAAGGCAGUCAAGCACGACUUAGUGCAGUUCCUCAGAAAGCAGAAUUACAUAUCAAGUUAAAUCCAGUGUUUUGUGAACUGGAUAUUAGUAUUGUGGAUAGAUUAAAUUCCUUGCUUCAACCACAGAAACUUAGCACAGUGGAGAUGAUGGCUUCUCACAUGUAUACAUCUUACAACAAACACAUAAGUCUGCACAAAGCUUUCACAGAAGUUUUUUUGGAUGAUUCACAUACUCCUUCAAAUUGUCAGAUAUCUGUACAAGUAACCACACCAGUAUUAAAUCUUGCUGUUCGCUUCCCAAUACCGGAUCUUCGAUCAGAUCAGGAAAGAGGACCUUGGUUUAAGAAGUCACUUCAAAAGGAGAUCCUUCAUUUAGAAUUUACCAGUAUGGAAUUUAAGACUGAGUUUAUAGGAGGGUCAUCUCCAGAGCAAAUUAAAUUGGAACUUACCUUUAGAGAACUAUUUGGUUCAUUCCAGGAAGAUAAAGGAGAACCAUUAGUUAAAUUUUUUCAAGUGUCUAGUGGAAUAGAUGGGGAUAUAACAUCAUCAGAUGAUUUUGAUUGGCCACGAAUUGUGCUGAAAAUAAACCCAUUAGCUAUGCAUUCCAUUUUGGAGAGAAUAGUAGCAGAGGAAGAAGAAGAGAGUGAUGGUCACUUUCAAGAGGAAGAAGAAGGAGGAGCACAUUCUUUGAAAGAUGUUUGUGAUUUAAGAAGACCAGAGCCAUCUCCUUUUUCUUCUCGUAGAGUAAUGUUUGAAAAUGAACAGAUGGUGAUGCCUGGUGAUGCUUUGGAGAUGACAGAAUUUCAAGACAAAGCAGUCAGCAACUCUCACUAUGUAUUGGAACUUACAUUACCAAAUAUUUAUUUAACAUUGCCAAAUAAAAAUUUUUAUGAGAAACUCUAUAAUAGGAUCAGUAAUGACUUGCUAUUGUGGGAACCAACAGCUCCAUCACCUGUGGAAACACUGGAAAAUAUUUCAUAUGGUAUUGGGCUCUCAGUAGCCAGUCAACUGAUUAAUACCUUCAACAAAGAUAGUUUUAGUCAGUUUAAAUCUACAGUUCAUUACGAUGAUGAGAGUGGAUCUGAGGAAGAGACUUUGCAGUAUUUUUCCACAGUUGAUCCGAACUAUCGUUCUCGUAGGAAAAAAAACCUUGAAUCUCAAAACAAGAACUCUCAGAGUUUUCUUUCUGUUCUUCUGAACAUCAAUCACGGAUUAGUAUCAGUAUUUACAGAUACUAAGCAAGAUGACAAAGAAUUGUUAGAAAGUAAACAUGGUGAAUUCUGGUUAGAGUUCAAUAGUGCUUCAUUAUUUUUCGUGACAAAAUAUGAAGGUUUUGAAGAUAAACACUACAUCUGUCUUCAUUCAAACAGCUUCAGUUUAUAUCACCAAGGCAUGAUAGAUGGAGUGAUUCUUCCUGCUGAAGUACGACUUCCCACUACAACUCGUCCACAUUGGUUGGAACCUAUAAUUUAUUCAUCAGAAGAAGAUGGUUUUAGUAGAACUUCAGAUGGUGUUGGAGGAGACUCUUUAAAUAUGUUAUCUGUUGCUGUUAAAAUCCAAUCUGAUAAAUCAGAGAUGAAUACAAAGGAAUUUCUUAUUGCGGUGGGACUCAAAGGAGCAACUCUUCAGCAUAAAGUACUUCCUUCUGGACUUAGUUGGCAUGAACAGAUUUUAUAUUUCAUGAAUAUUUCUGAUGAACCUGUUUUGGGAUAUAAUCCUCCAGCUUCCUUUACAACUUUUCAUGUUCAUCUCUGGAGUUGUGCCCUUGAUUAUAGGCCUCUUUAUUUGCCAACAAGAUCUCUUCUGACUGUAGAAACAUUUAGUAUUUCUAGUAGUGUUUCUUUGGAUAAAUCAUCAUCCACUCUCAGAAUUAUCUUGGAUGAAGCCGCUUUACAUUUGUCUGAUAAAUGUAAUACUGUGACUGUAAACUUGAAUAGAGAUUAUGUCCGUGUAAUGGACAUGGGCCUUUUGGAAUUAACUAUCACAGCAAUGAAAUCUGAUUCUAAUGGGGAGCAAACUCAGCCUCGCUUUGAGCUACACUGUUCUAGCGAUGUUAUUCACAUCAGAACAUGCUCUGAUUCUUGUGCUGCCCUCAUGAAUCUUAUACAGUACAUUGCAAGUUAUGGUGAUUUACAUGUACCCAGUAAAACAGAAGUUAAACCUGCAGCUGUCCAAAAGAAAACAAAGGUGGAUACCACUAGUUGGUCAUCUUCAAGAGGUCUAGUACUUCCUGAAGCUGAUCAACAAAUCUUGAGAGAAUUAAUGAGUGAUGCCAUGGAGGAAAUUGAUACACAGCAAGCUCCUUCUCCCAUAAAGCCACAAUCAAAUGGUAUUUUGGAUGAAAAAUCAAAAGCACAGGAACCAUCAUCUUGUUCAGAUCUCUUCCUGUUCCCAGAUGAAAGUGGGAAUAUUUCUCAGGAGCCUAGUCCCAGCUAUGCCUCAUGCACUCAACACUUGAUUAAUGAUGCAAUGAUAGAUGUACCUUCAGAAAAUGAUGACUUUUGUAUUCUUUUUGCACCUAAAGUAACCAUUCAUGAGAAGGAAGAAGAGCCAAGAGUGAAAACAAUGGUUGAUGAUGGUAUCAUAAUAAUAGAAAAUCAUUUUAGUCUACCUGUUAAAAAAACGGAUACUAGCAAAGCCCCAUUACACUUCCCUACUCCUAUUAUACGAUACGUUGUUAAGGAAGUCUCUCUUGUUUGGCAUCUCUAUGGAGGAAAGGAUUUUGGUACAAUACUUCCUACAUCUCCAGCUAAAAGUUAUGUUAGUCCACACAGUUCCCCUUCUCAUACACCUACGAGACAUGGACGUGGCAUGACAUGUGGAGGAAAAGGAAGGAAUUUUGACUUUUUAAUGGAAAUACAGUUGAGUAAGGUGAAGUUUCAGCAUGAAGUAUAUCCACCAAGCAAACCAGAUUGUGAAUCCAGCCUUUUAGAACAUCCAGUGUCGCGCCAGGUGUUUAUCGUUCAGGACUUGGAGAUUCGUGAUCGCCUGGCUACAUCACAAAUGAACAAAUUUUUAUAUCUUUACUGUAGUAAGGAGAUGCCUAGAAAAGCCCAUUCUAACAUGUUAACAAUUAAAGCAUUACACGUACGUCCAGAAUCUGGAAGAGCACCACAAGAAUGCUGUUUAAGAGUUUCAUUAAUGCCACUUCGACUCAAUAUUGACCAGGAUGCCUUGUUUUUCCUGAAGGACUUUUUCACUAGUCUUUCUACGGAAGUGGAACUUUUAAUGACUCCAGAUCCAGAAGUAAAAAAAUCUCCUGGAGCUGAUGUUACCUGUAGUUUGCCAAAGCAUUUGAGUACCUCAAAGGAGCCAAAUUUAGUUAUUUCUUUUCCUGGGCCAAAGCAACAAUGCCAAAAUGGCAGUUCAGUGGAAGUGGUUAAUGGAGAGGAGGAGCAUUUAUCUGAAGCAACCCUAUUUAAUGAUCAACCCGUAUUUUUUAGAGAAUUUAGAUUUACAUCAGAAGUUCCUAUACGACUUGAUUACCAUGGGAAGCAUGUAUCAAUGGAUCAGGGUACGUUAGCUGGCAUUCUGAUUGGUCUUGCUCAAUUAAAUUGUUCUGAAUUGAAGUUGAAGAGGCUUUUUUAUCGACAUGGUUUGCUAGGUGUAGACAAAUUAUUCUCUUAUGCAAUUGCGGAAUGGCUUAAUGAUAUUAAGAAGAACCAGUUGCCAGGAAUUCUGGGAGGUGUUGGGCCUAUACAUUCACUAGUACAAUUAGUACAAGGCCUGAAAGACUUGGUCUGGUUACCAAUAGAGCAGUACCGAAAGGAUGGCCGCAUUGUAAGAGGAUUUCAGAAAGGAGCAGCUUCAUUUGGUACUUCAACAGCAAUGGCUGCUUUAGAACUAACAAACAGAAUGGUUCAAACUAUACAGGCAGCAGCAGAGACAGCUUAUGACAUGGUAUCCCCUGGUACAAUUUCAAUUGACCCCAAAAAGAUCAAAAGAUUUUCUCAUCAUCGCUUAGCACAUCAGCCUGUAGACCUGAGAGAAGGUGUGGCCAAAGCAUAUAGUGUUGUAAAGGAGGGUAUCACAGAUACUGCUCAAACCAUCUAUGAAACCGCUGCUAGAGAACAUGAGAAUCGGGGUGUUACUGGAGCAGUAGGAGAAGUCCUCCGUCAGAUUCCACCAGCUGUAGUUAAGCCUCUGAUUGUUGCCACAGAAGCAACAUCAAAUGUUUUAGGUGGAAUGAGAAACCAAAUUAGACCAGAUGUUCGACAAGAUGAAUCACAAAAGUGGCGUCAAGGGGAAGACUGAUAGUUUCAACAUGAUUCCUUAGAAGAUUAUGAAAGUGGAAGUAAGGAACAUGAUAUUCUGGUGGCAGCUUUAGGUAGAACUAAUGUAAAUUUACUUUAUCUCAGGAGAAGAAGCUUUUCUUAGGCAAUUUUCACAUCAACUCAACUUGUAGCCAAAACUUUCCUUGCAUUUUAGGACAAGUUUGAUACUUGCCUUUAGAAAUGACCAUUAUUCAUUAUGUGUGAUGGCUAGUUUCACAUGUCUUGGUUCAUGUGCUUGCUUUUAUGAAAACAUAAACCAUAGUUAUUUUAUGAUGGCUGAGGUGUUAUUAGAAGCAGCCCUCAUGAAAUUCAUGUUUUCUGAGCCCUUAAAGAUUCUUUAUCAAUCAGUUGUUCUUUGAUACAUAAAACUAACAACAUUACAUGUUCAAACUAUCCGUUUUUUUUUUUUUUGUGUGUGUGUGUGUGUGUGUGUGUGAUAAUAAGUGUGAAUAAUAAAGGCAAAUGGGAUUUUUAUUAGGAAUAUGUGCAAGAUUGACAUCUGUUGAAAAAAUGAAUUUAAUAUUUAUAUUUUAAAGAACAAUCUGUGAAUAUAUUAUGUAACAUGCAUAUAUGACAUGCAUAUACAUACCCUUGUUUCUAAUAGAUUUUUUUUUGGGUGAGAGAUGACAUUUUUAAACAUGUUUUAUUGUUGUUGCACUUUAAAUAAUUUAUUCUGCAAAAUGUGUAGAUAAUUACAAGGUCAUGUACAUUAUUUUUGUGUGAGUUAGAAACAUAUAAAGAGGAAUGUGAUUUUUUUGGCAAAAAAAAAUACAUGUUUGUUUAACUUUAAAUGGAAUUGUUCAUUUUAUGCCUGAUUAAAACUUAUAUCUUUAGUUUUACAUAGAGAUUUUGAGAUAGAUAGGACUAUGUGGAGUGGGAGGAAAGGAAGAGUUCCAAUCUUUGUUUUUUUAGAUUUUUAUUAAUUAUUUCAAAUUAAGAAUUUUAGCAGGCUAACUACAUUUUAAUAGCCUGCUUUUUUUUUGGAAUAAAAUAAGUCCAUUUCAAACUAAAAUUGUUUUAAUUGCCCCUAUAUAAUUUAUAUUCUGUGGAAUAAGUUCUGAGGAAUGAAAUUUAUUUAUCCCAAGAUUCUUCGAAAAACUUUGUGAAGACUGACUAGUUAAUAUUAAAUAAAUCACUAUCCCAGGCAUAAAAUAGAAAAAAAUAGAAUUUUCUACCCACAGCAAUUUUCUUGGCUAUAUGGGUGUGAGAUUUAUAAUGUGCUACUGAAAAUUCUGUUAGUAGGAAUUUCAGAAUAUUACUUUUUAAGUCAUAAGCUAGAAAAUUUGUUUGCUUUUCCAAUUAAAAAAUAUCAGUGUUAACGGUGGUCCAGAUUACUUUAAGAUGUUUAAAAAAAAGGUUUAGAAUCUUUUGCUGUUUUUCUCUUUUUAGAAAAUUUAAAAGAGACUCUUAUUAGUCCAUCUGUGCAUCCCUAGAGAUGUUAAUACCAAUUAAUUGUACAAGUACAGCACAUUUUUUGCCAAAUAUGACACCAAACAGGCAAAUUAGUUAUAGCAUUUUGUUAUUAUUAGGAGUUAAUCUUUUAUAGGAGAAGUCCGUACAUAUGUUGCAUAUAAAAACCUCAGAAUGUCAUCUUUUUAAAAUGGAAUAGCAACUAACUAUAUAUCAAGUUAAGUGCUUUACCUUGGUAAAAGGUGAAAGUGUAUGUUACUUAUACAACUAAGGCAUUUAGUUUUUAUUCUUUUACUUGUUUCUGGUCUUUCUGUGGUCACACUCACACUAUGCAGAUAUAUAGUCCAGAGAAAUAAAAGUCCAAUUCUAACAUGCACUUUUAAGUAAUUAGCAAAUAUCUUUUAGAAAUUGCUUUCAUAAAUUCUACUUUAACAAGUACUUAUAUAAGCUCCACUUCUAUAGAACACUAUUUGCACAUUCAGGACAACAGUCAAUACUAAUGCAUCAUAGCAAAGGAGUAGAUAAAUUUUAUGUUAGUUUACGUGAAAUGUACCUUUGCUAAAAUUGUGUAUAUGUAUAGUACCUGUAUUUAAAUAUUUGUAUAAUAUUUAGCAUCUUUAAAUAAAACUCGGUGUUCUUCCAAAUGUA